AGAGGAAGAAUGAAGGGAAUAUCUUAUCGAGGUAAUGCUAUUUGUUUUGGUAAAUACGCUCUUCAGGCACUUGAACCCGCUUGGAUCACCUCUAGACAAAUAGAAGCAGGUCGACGAGCAAUGACACGAAAUGCACGUCGCGGUGGAAAAAUAUGGGUCCGUAUAUUUCCAGAUAAACCAGUUACAGUAAGACCCGCAGAAACACGUAUGGGUUCAGGUAAAGGCUCUCCCGAAUAUUGGGUAGCUGUUGUUAAACCAGGUCGAAUACUUUAUGAAAUGGGUGGAGUAACAGAAAAUAUAGCCAGAAGGGCUAUUUCAAUAGCAGCGUCCAAAAUGCCUAUACGAGCUCAAUUCAUCAUUUCGGGAUAAAAAAGAAA